AUUGGGCAGAGCAAGGAGCUGCGCUGCGAGAUCAACGUCAUGGAGCCCAUCAACGACGUGGUGUGGCUUCACUCCGAGUCCCUCGUGGCCGUCGCCCACCGCCAUUGGCUCCACGUCUACGACGGCCUCGGAUUGGAGCUGAGCGUCCUCAAGGGCUGCCCCCGCCCCCUGCGCAUGCGCUUCCUGCCCCACCACUUCCUGCUGGCAACGACCGCGCGGGGCUCCCUGCACUACGUGGACGUCUCGCUGGGCACGGAGGUGGCGGCGCUCAGCACCCGCGCCGGGCGCCCCGCGGCCAUGGGGCAGAACCCGGCCAACGCCGUCGUGCACCUGGGACACGGCAAUGGCACCGUGACCCUAUGGAGCCCCUCCGUACCGGAGCCAUUGGUGCGCAUCCUCUGCCACCGCGGCGCCGUGCGAGCGCUCGCCGUCGACGCCAGCGGCACAUACAUGGCCUCGGCCGGGUUGGACCGCAAGCUCCGCCUCUUCGACCUACGCACCUAUAAGGCGCUCCACGAGCUGGUGCUGCCGUUGGGCGCCGCGCACCUCGACUUCAGCCAACGCGGGCUCUUGGCCGCCUCCUGUGGGGACGUGGUGCAGGUCUACAAGGACGUGGCCAAGGAGCUGCCCACCCAACCCUACCUUUGCCACCGCCCCCCCCAGCCCCCCAGCGCCCUUCGCUUCUGCCCCUUUGAGGACGUCCUCGGCGUCGGGCACGCUCAAGGCUUCAGCAGCAUCUUGGUGCCAGGGGCUGGGGAAGCCAACUUGGACGCGUUGGAGAACAACCCCUAUCGUAGCCGGCGGCAGCGGCAGGAGUGGGAGGUGAAGGCGCUGCUGGAGAAGAUCCCUGCUGAGCUCAUCACCCUGGACCCAUCCCUCUUGGGCCGCAUGGACACGGCCACGCUGCAGCAGAAGAGGGACGAGCGCAUCCAGCGCCUGGGCUUUGACCCCCAAGCCAAGGGCAAGUUCAAGCCCCGACGCAAGAGCAAAGGGAGCAGCAGCCUCCAUAGGAAGAAGAAGGUGGCCCAUGAGGAGCAAAGGGCUGUGAUCCGGCAGAGCAUGGAGCAACGGGAGCAGGAGAGGAAGAAGAGGGAGAAGAAGAAGAUGGGGCCCCCUCUGCCCCCCAAGUGUGGGGCCCUGGAGCGCUUCAAAAGAUAA